AUAGUCUUACAGGGCGUGUUUGCGCUGAACCCGACACGUAUCUCCAUCAGUGGUAAGAUCCGUGUUUUCUGCUUCGAUAAGACCGGAACUUUGACUAAGGAAGGCCUGGUUUUUUUGGGCGCGCAACCGGUGGAAAACAAGCAAUUCGGUGAAAUGGUAGGCUGUGGCAACCGUACCAUGCCAGUCCGUCUGAUGGAGUGCCUGGCGACAUGUCAUGCGGUGGCGAAGUUUAAUGAGAUUUUAGUAGGAAAUCAGGAGCGUUUAUGA